AUGGCAUUCUUAUCAGACGUCGAGCAGAUGUUUCAUCAAGUUUAUGUACAACCAAGUGACCGGAACGCGUUGCGUUUCUUAUGGUGGCCAAAUGGAGAUCUUCAAGGCGAGCCUGAGGAGUAUAACAUGAACGUUCACUUGUUUGGGGCAACGUCGUCACCAAGCGUCUGCUCUUACGCACUCCACAAGGCAGCGGAAGAUAGUAGAGAAGAAUACAGUGUCCAGACGAUCGAAACAAUCAACAACAGCUUUUACGUGGAUGACUGCCUCAAAUCGGUUGCAAAUGUAAAUGAAGCAAUUUCACUUGUCAAAGAACUUACCUCUUUACUAGCGAAACGAGGUUUUAGGCUCACCAAGUGGGUUUCCAAUGAAAGAGAAGUUCUAUCAGCAGUACCGUCUAUGGAAUGA